AUGGGUCGCGUAAUCUUCGGGGAGAUGAACUUGCCAAGUGCCCUGGCGAAGACCGAGUCGGAGCCAGACCGGAAGCCGGCGAGGAGCGCCUUUAAGCUCGCGCAGCUGGAGGAGAUGUUUGCCAACAACACCUACACCAGCAACAUCUACGCCAUUUCCAAGGACCAGGCUGGCUGCCGAAUGCUGCAGCACAAGCUGGACGAGGCGGGGCCAGAAGUCUUUACCAUUGUCUUCAAGGAGGUGGUCGUGCACUCUGUGGAGCUCAUGAUGGAUCCCUUCGGGAACUACCUCUGUCAGAAGAUCAUGGAGAUGGCCAACCCCGCGCAGUUGGAGAUCCUGGUGGAGUGUUGUCACAGCCACCUGGUGAGCAUCUCUCUGAACAUGCACGGCGCUAGAGCUGUGCAGAAGCUCAUCGACCUGGUGCGCAUCGUGCCAGUGUGCAUGCAACGCCUUGUGGCGCCGCCUUGCAUGCUUGGCCAGUGGGGCGGGACCAACUUCGAAAAUCUUUGA